CAUUUUUGUUAGAUAGGAGUUUAUUGCUUUUUAGUCAUUCUCGUUCGAAGAAUAAAGCGUUCCUGUAAUUAUUAAGAUUAAGAAGAUUCUCGGUUUCCAGUCAUUUUUCAGCCUGUUUUUAGGCGGCCAUAUGGUGGUUUGAUGGUAAAGCUCGGCAAACUCAGGUGCAGUCUCUGUGGAAGGUGGAGCUGCUGGAGUUGGUCAGCAGUCGUCAUUCCAGCUUCAAUUUGGGUUGUGUUAAACUUAAUUUAAUCGCGGACAUGGCCGGAGACGAUGGCUUAAUGUUAAAUCGUGCCAAUAAUCGCGGGGGCCCGGCUUCCAGUCGAAGGAAGAAGGUUCGUCCGCGCCAGGGUUCGAGAGAUGUGGAAAGUCAGAGACAGACACAUCCCACUGAAGGGAAAUAUCAGAAACAGCAGAACUCUAGAAAUGACCACUCUUCUCUUAACAGUCCAAACCAAAAAGUUCAAAUUAUGAAGAGAAAAUACAAGAGCAUUGAGAAACUACCUCAGUGUGAGCGAUUACCUAAUUUGGCUCCAAAGAAGAGGAAGAUUAAGGAAGAUCCAGUGGAUAAAGUAAAGAUGAAGGUGAAAACUCCUGUGAAAACCUCCUCUUUGUUUAAGAACAACCCUGAGAUACCAGAGAUACCCAGACAGACGGUAAAAAUGGUGAAAGAAAAUGUUUUUACAACAAACUCUUUCAAUGAACUCCAUCUUCAUCCACACCUGGUCUCUACACUCAACAAUGUCCUCAAGCUGUCCACCAUGACCAGUGUUCAGAAACAAUCAAUUCCAGUUUUACUAGAUGGAAAGGAUGCUCUGGUACAAUCACAAACUGGAUCAGGCAAAACAUUAGCAUAUGGUGUCCCUCUGGUCCAGUCUUUGCAGUCUGUUCAACCAAAAAUCCAGCGCAGUGAUGGACCAUAUGCUGUAGUCAUCAUUCCAACCAGAGAGCUGGCCCUGCAAAGCUUUGCUAUCAUUCAGAAACUGAUCAAGCCAUUUACCUGGAUCGUGCCAGGAGUACUGAUGGGAGGAGAGAAACGAAAAUCUGAGAAAGCUAGGUUACGUAAAGGUAUAAAUAUACUUCUAUCAACUCCAGGGCGACUAGUGGAUCAUAUAAAGAACACAAAAAAUACUUGUUUUUCUCGUGUACAGUGGCUUGUUAUUGAUGAAGCUGACAGGUUGCUGGAUCUGGGUUUUGAGAAAGAUAUCACUGUGAUAUUGAACGCUCUAAAUGCAGCACAUGAGAAAAGACAAAAUGUUCUCCUCUCUGCCACCUUAACAGAUGGAGUGAAUCAUUUAGCUGGGAUCAGUUUGAAAGAACCAGCCAAUAUAUAUAUAACUGAACCACAGCAGUCCAAACCUGUAUUUACGACAAAACAAACGACGGCCAAGCAGGAGAAUAUAGAGGAAGACUUGAAAUGCUUUUCAAUUCCUGAACAACUUCAACAGUUUAUAGUGAUUGUUCCCAGCAAACUGCGACUAGUUACACUUUCAGCAUUCAUACUCCAAAAAUGCAAAAUGGAAAAGAUUCAGAAAAUGAUCAUAUUUUUCUCUAGUUGCGAGUCUGUGGAAUUUCACUACACCCUUUUCACAAAUGUCCUUACUCCAUAUUCUGACAGCAAGGAGCUAAAACAUUUAUCUUUCUCAGCUUGUAAAAUGCUGUUUCUGCACUUGCAUGGGAACAUGGAGCAGGAGGCACGGAAGCAGGUUUUUCUGGAAUUUUCACAGUCAAAAAUGGGUGUCCUUCUCUGCACAGACGUAGCAGCACGUGGGCUGGAUUUGCCAGAAGUCACGUGGAUUGUUCAGUAUAGUGCUCCGAGCUUGCCUGCUGAAUACGUUCACAGAGUGGGACGGACAGCCCGAAUUGGGUGCUGUGGAAACAGUCUUCUUUUCCUCACUCCAUCCGAAGCAGAAUAUGCAAAUGUGCUUGCAUCUCACCAAAUCAGUGUCUCUGAAAUGAAAAUGGAGGACAUUCUAUCAACGUUUUUAAUGGACCGCUUUAGAAGGAAACAAUCUGGACACAAGUUGGAAGCCACUAUCUUGCAAGAACUAAAAGAAUCAGCAACAACCUUGCAAAAAGAGUAUGAGAACUAUGUCCAUUCAACUGAAGAAACCCUUCUGCAAGCCAAGAAAGCAUUGCAGUCAUUCAUUCGAGCUUAUGCCACGUAUCCAGCAAACCUAAAGUGUUUCUUCCAUGUGAAGACUCUUCACCUUGGACACACUGCCAAGAGUUUUGGGCUUCGAGAUGCUCCACAGAACCUCAGUAGCACAAUAAUGGCCUAUCAGUCCAAAAAGAUUUUUAGACCAGGAGUAAAGAGGUCUGGCUUGGGUGGACGUUUGUGUGGUAAAAGAAAAAUGGCUUCGUUGCUACAGUCUGAAUAUUCAAAUGGAUUUGAAGUAAAUUUUUAUAAGGGAAAGAAGAAACGAAAUCCUCAUUUUUAAAAAAAGCCAUAGACCACAAUCAGAAAACAUCUGAAGCAAGCUGCAAACAUCUGCGGGCACGUUGUCAAAUGUGAUGCUAUUAACCCAGGUCAAGUGACGUCAAAAUGAAGUGAACAGCACUUAGCUGGGUCCAGCAAAUUCCAGAAUCGUCACCCUUGAAUCAUAGUCCUGAACUGCUGUUGUGUCUGUUCAAAUUGUGCUUAUUAAAGAGAGGAAGUUUACUUGUAAUGUAUUUAUGGGGGAAGUGAAAAAAGAGACGCGUAUGACCAACCUAAAGAUUUGCACCAUCUCGAUUUACUUUUUCUGCAUCUUCUUGAACUGUCAUGUUGUAGCUUAGUGCGAGGACUUGCCAUGGAUAUCCAAGCUGAUUUAUACCUGAGGGUUUAUAAUCUGCUAACUUUCAAAUUUUUAAGCUCCACCAUGAGGUUGGUUUCACCCACUUCUAAAUACUUCCCAGGCAGUUUGAAGGCACCUUUAACAAUAUCUGUAACCCAACCUAUAAAUAUACCAUCACCUGGGAUGUUAUCAAUCAUUUUAUUUGAUGUGGUCUGAAUUCAAAUCUUGAUUAAAAUCAAUGCCCUUUAUGAAAUAUAAAAUCUUUUGGAAUGAGGUUAUAUUAAAGGAUAGGACUGACAUUUAUUGAAAUUCAAAAUAUUUUAAGAAAUAAAUUGGAAAUAUUUGAA